UGCUGGGGGGGCGCGGCCGGCAGCGCAGCCCCGGCGCCAGGCGCACCCCGCGCCCCGGGCCGGCCGCCGGGGAGCGAUGGCCGCAGUGGGCCCGGGCCCCGCGGAGCCCCCGGGGAAGCCGGUCGGGCAGGUGGCGGCCAGAGCCUCUGAGUCCGAGGCGCCCGCCGCUCCGCGGGCCCUGCGCAGGCUGCCGGGGGACCCGAGCCCCCGCGGGCGAUCCCAGAGCGACCUGUCGUCCUGCUCCAGCAGGGGCCGCCCCCUCCGGGUGCACAUCUCCGGCUCAGUUGACGGAUUGGACAAAGCUUCCAUAGCCAACUCCGAUGGCCCUGCAGCAGGCUCCCAAACACCUCCCUUCAAGAGGAAAGGGAAGCUCUCCACCAUCGGCAAAAUUUUUAAGCCUUGGAAAUGGAGGAAAAAGAAGACCAGUGACAAAUUCAGAGAAACCUCAGCAGUAUUAGAAAGGAAGAUAUCCACCAGACAAAGUAGAGAGGAGCUGAUAAGAAGGGGAGUUCUUAAGGAAUUGCCUGAUCAAGAUGGAGAUGUAACAGUUAACUUUGAAAAUUCAAAUGGGCACAUGAUACCCAUCGGAGAGGAAUCUACCCGAGAGGAAAAUAUAGUAAAAUCUGAAGAAGGUAAUGGCUCUCUAGCUGAAAAAGCACCAGCUCUGGAGGAAAAGGCAGAAGAGAAGAAAGAGAACACUGAAAACCACUCUGAAACACCGGCAGCUCCUGCUCCGCCUCCUUCAACUCUUCCUAAGCCUAAACCCAAACCUAAGCCCCCCAAAACACCUGUGCCUCCAAAAGGGGCUGCUGCUGGGGCCAGCCCCAAGGGUGACGAAGUGCCUCCUAUUAAAAAACAUACCAAGGCUUCUGGUAAACAGGCCCCCAUCCCUCCACCCAAGCCAACAGGCCGAAGCACGACCCGAGAGGCUGCUGGUUCCUCUCAUUCCAAAAAGACUACGGGCUCCAAAGCAUCAGCAUCACCAUCUACUUCUUCAUCUUUUCUCAAAACUUCAAAGGAGACAGUUUCUAGCAAAACAGGGACAGUGGGAACCACAAAGGGCAAGAAAAAAACUGGCAAGCGGCCCACGCCUCGGCCAUCCUCAGAUGCAACCACCACUGGUACGUCCGACCUUAAAGGAGAGCCUUCGGAGGCCAAGGUGGAGAGUCUCAAAACUGAGCCAACGGGCCCUGAGACAGAGGAGCCGGGUACAGGCAAAUCCAAGUCUGCAGUCCCUCCACCGCCUGUGAGCCCGCCCCCUCCUCCCCCCAUCCCACAUCUUGUUCUGGAGGAACCAUGUGUUUUUGCAGCAGACACUCCUAUUGUCGUGGUCAGCGAUGGAGCCGACCUGCCCGAUCCCACCUUAGACGCCAGUCAGCUUCUCUGGACUGAAGAGCUGACAAACACAACCACUGUCCACUCAGGCACUGGCCUCAGUGUUAGCAGAGAAAACACAAAAUGUUUCACAACCAAAGAUGAGCUGGGAAAGGCAGCAUCUCAGCUACUGGCUCCUGGGCUGAUGGGAGAAUCCUCAGAAUCCUUCAGUGCCCCAGAGGAUGAAGGCCAACGGGAGUACCGGGCCACUGAUUCGGACUCUGAUGGGCCUAUCUUGUACACUGACGAUGAUUAUGAAGAGGAUGAAGAUGAGGACGGCAGUGGAGACAGUGCUUUGGCAAGUAAAAUCCGACGAAGGGAUACUCUUGCUAUCAAACUGGGCAACAGACCGUCCAAAAAAGAAUUAGAGGACAAGAACAUCUUGCAGCGGACAUCUGAAGAAGAGAGGCAGGAGAUCCGACAGCAGAUUGGAACCAAGCUAGUCAGGAGACUGAGCCAGAGGCCCACAACUGAAGAAUUAGAGCAAAGAAACAUCCUAAAACCAGAAAAGAAUGAAGAGGAAGAACAAGAAGCAAAAAUGGAACUUAAACGCAGACUCAGCAGAAAGCUCAGCCUGAGACCUACGGUGGCAGAGCUACAAGCUCGAAGGAUCCUGCGGUUUAACGAGUAUGUAGAAGUCACCGAUUCUCCCGACUACGAUCGCAGGGCAGACAAGCCCUGGGCCAGGUUGACACCUGCAGACAAGGCAGCAAUACGGAAAGAACUAAAUGAAUUUAAAAGCACAGAAAUGGAAGUGCACGAAGAGAGUCGGCAGUUUACAAGGUUCCAUCGUCCGUAAUGAGGUGUGAGACUCUUUGGAAACAUAGACGGACAAUCUUUGGGGGAAGCCGCACUUCCUAAACCCCUGACAUUGCAUUGCACUGGGAUCUGACUGUGUCUGUCUCCAUUUAACUUGCGGUGAAGGAAGCGCGUGGAAAGUGCUCCCCGCCUGUACAGCCCAGAUGUGGCCAACAAGCAUAGGGUCGGGUAUAGUGACCCUGCUGUCCAGCAUGGGCACUAGUUGGUAAGGGCCACAACGGUUGCACCAGUUAUUCUUCAUCAGGGGUUUUAAUCAAAGAAGAUGAGCAGAAGACAAUCGCUGGCUCCCUGUUACCGGAAAGCCAAAUUUCAGAGUGCAGGUUAAAGGAGGGGGUGGGGGGGAUAGAAUGGCUGGGCACUGGUAAGACGUGGGGGUUGAAAAACAGAAAGAAAGAGAAAAUUUCAUUAUGUUAAUGAAAAAAGAAAAUUGAAACUUAAAUGUAUUUUUGAAGAAGGCUUUUGAUAGCUGAGAACUUAUUAAGGGCUUGGGGGUCUAGUCACCCCCUUUGGAUUCCUUAGAGACCUGAUCCUAGAAGAAUAUUCUUUCACAGUUACAUUGGUGCAGUAUAGUACCAUUAUUUUAUAUUGUGCCAGUGAAUCUAAUUGCCACAAAUAAGUCUGAGUGUUUUCAUGCAUCUUUUUCUUAAAUGCAAGAAGCUUUCAUGGACCUUUAUCAAGCAUGCUUACCCAAAUUCUGUUGCAUGCUUUAAGUACCAUAGCUAUACACACUUCACUUUUUUUUUUUUUUUUAGACUCUUUACCUAAUGCACCAACCUCCCAUAAGGAUGACAAGACUUGGAAUAAAGUCAGAUGAGAUGUGACCCUAUUAGUAUGUAGCAAGCUUUAGAAAUAAAUAUUUUGGUCUUUUCCUAGCUUGAUGAUCUCCAAAGUCGAAACAACCAUGCUUGAUCUAAGGAAGAUAGUACCGACAAUCAUAUCUUUUUUAAAAUUCUGAAUCCAAAAUUAAAACUUAAGCAAGAUGCAGUGUUCUGCCCGCAGUUAGCUUUGAGUAGGACUGCAAAGGAAUACUUAUUUUCAGUGUUGCAUUAAGUUGGAUUGCUGCUAUUAAAAAGAUAAAGCACAUAGAUUAAAAAAAAAAUACCCAAAGACAUAUAAAAACACGGAAAAAUUUUGCUAAAUUGGGAAUGAGGAAAAUUUCAUUUUCUGUUUUAUAUCUCUGUAGAUUGCGUCCAUAAAUAUAAUAUUGACUUUCAGUGCAAAAAAAAAAUAGGUGACUUUAAAGUUAUGGAAGGUGUCCUUAUGAGCCUACAGUCAGUACUGUUUACAUUACUAAACCCUCUAUUAUCAUCUUGCUAUUUUCCAUGGAGUCACAGGCACAGCAUGGCUUCUGCUCUCAAACAUGGGACCACAUGUAAAUACUACCUUGCAUUUCAUUGUUCACAAUUGUUUUGGGCCCCUUUUUAUUAAAAACACAUGCUUUGUCUAAUAAGACAAGACUUAACUAGAUGUCACUUUAUUCUCAGAAGUUGGACUACAAUUUUCUGAAAUGAUUCUGAUUCAUAAUAUGGAGGAAUGUAAUUUUCGAUCUCAACCAAAAAGCAAACUUUUCAUCUGGUGGGUAAAUUUGGAUCCUGCCAUUUAUUUAUAUUUGAUAUUUUAAAGAACUCCUUGAAAAGAGGGAUGGUUUUGCUUAAAAGAAAAAAAAAAUUGGCCCCACUUAGUCUAUUACAAAAAAACAGGACUAUUUAUAACUAAGAAAAGUGACCAGCAUUGUUGCACCACUUGCCGCACUCAGCCACGUGCUGCUAGUGAAAUGGCGCAGGAUAUCUGCACUGGUGUCAUUUCAGGAAUAGGAUCAGACAUAUUUUUGCUCUGAAAAAAUGUUUCUGCAGGCCCAAGUAGGUUUCAUCCAUUUCAUAGUGCUUUCAUCCAGCUAUAGACAUGACCUAUGUUCUCAUUUUUUGCUGCAGUCGUCCUCUACCUUACAUAUUUUAUUAUUAUUUGUUGUCUUAGGAAAAAUACCUAGGAAUCUAAUGUUAUUUUAAUUUUCUAUACUUACGUUUUAUUAACAAAUCACAAGGCCUCACUCCCAUAAAAGUGGUAAACAUAACACAUCACUGUUUUAUCACUCACUAUACGUGUCAAAGGAAGUCCCCACUUAGUCAAUAAAAGGAAGAUUUUUUUCCCCUCUAGUGGUGCAUGUAAUGGGAUUUUUUAUUCCUACAAUGAGUGCACUCAAACAAAAAUGAGAAUCUGGUGCCUCGAUCCAUUGUUUUUCUUGAAUGAUAGGUCAGAUUUAUGAACUAUCCACACUUCUUCUGCCUACUGAUUUAUAUGCUUACAGAAAAUUUUAAGAGACAAGCUUAAAAGUUAAAAGAAAGUAAAAAUAAAACUGUGGCUAGUCUAAUAUAUAAGACUUGGAACCACCAGGUACUUUUAUUAAUUGGUUCUUUAAAUACAAAGCUGUGGAAAGAAACGAAGGAUUGUGAACCAAGCUGUAUUCUGCAGAAUAGGCUCUAUUUUAAUAGCUAAUCCUAAAAGGCAGGAACACUGCAUACCCAUCCCAGCAGCCCAUCCAGAGGCCUCGUGCUUGGGAGCCCUGGAAAGAUGUGCAGGUGUGAACACACCCCACCCCCACCCCCGCAAUACAAGUAUGCCUCUGCCUGAGCCUUUCUGCAGUUUCAGCAUUUCUGCAACCUGACCCACACACUGCACGUCUGUAGAGAAAAUAAAUGUGUGUGUUCAUCGUGUUGUUGUGACACAGCUCCAGGUUAGGCUGAAGUGUGUGGGUUCCCCUGAGCCCCCAAGAUAUGGGGGGGGGGGGGGGGAGGAACAUCCAUCUCCAGGAAGGUGCCAGGUGUGAAAGAACUAGACAGACUGUAAGCAGCCAUUUCCAUCAUGCUUAACAUGGAGAAAGGAACAUUAGCAUUAAGGGAUUAAAAAGAUGCCAUGGACUAAGCAUCUUCAGGGUCAUUACCAAUCAGCCUGACAAAUGAGACCUCUGGUGAGCAGCAUUAAUUUAGGGCAGCCUGCCUGAUGGUUUCCUGUGUAUGUGAAAUGUCUUGCAUUUUUUAUGGUCAAUAUUGUUCACUCUUAUGUUGACACCUUAAAUUAUUUACAUUAAAUCUAUAAUAUUCAGAGAACCAUUUUGGGUAUUUCAGUAACUUUUAAAUGGAGGAAAAGGCAAACUCAUCUCUCUCUCCCUCUCUCUGAAAAACUGACUUUCUGGUUUUUUCUAUCCUAUAUUAAGCACAAUGAUUUUUCACUUACCUUUUUCUACUGGUAGUAAAUAUAAUCUGUAAGUAGAAAGUUCUGAAAUUUAAGUGAAGAUCUAUUUAAAGAACUAGUGGAAUUGAAUAUACCCUUCAAAUAUGACCCAAUAUUGAAAAUGACAGAUAAGUUCUUUAAACCCAUAAUUUGGGUUUUAUACACUGCAGUUAAUUCAGUGCUGCACUAGCACUUUCUUAAAAAACAUAGCAACUUGUAGGAGAGAAAAAUCUGCUACACGCCUAUAAGUUCCACACUUUAACACAUAACAGCCAUUGUAUGUAUUCUUAAUGGAGUCAGACAGACACAACUUUCAAAAAUUAUACUAUAUUCUCAAUAGAAAAAGGAGGUCUUAUCUACCGCGUAUCAGUAUGCCUACAUUUAAACAGGGAAGGUUUCUUUUCUUCCUUUCUUGCUCAGAAUUUUCUUCGGUGUUAUUAUUUUAUACGUGGUCCCAGCUGCACAUUUCACAGAGUGAGAAAUCUCUUUCAGAAUAGGUGAGAGGGAAUCAAACUUGUACAAGGCAUAUAAAUGUAUAUCAUUUCAUCAGCAUGGUAGCUCAUGCAUUCCUAAAUUCCCAUCAUAUUUUAAGCCUAACUUUACUAGUAAAAGUAUAUACUUUCAAACAACAGUUCAUUUAUUCACAUUGCUAGGAUAUGCAGUGUACACUAACAAACCACUUAGAUGCAGUUUCAUACAAAGUUGUCUCUUGGCCACUAUUGAGUAUUUUGCUCUCUCUACUGGUACUUAUGGCUGGGCUAUUUCAGUCUGUUUUAUUUUACUAAGCAGAAUGAAAUUCUAGAAUUAAGGUCCUAGAGGAGAAAAGGAAUCAUCAAAUUAAUAGGCCCAUCUUCCUGAGAGAAAGCACAUUUCCGGCUAGUUCAAACCCAAGUUUCAAAGAGUAGUGUGUGACUCUACUAUAAUUUGGCCAGGACAAAGGCAGAAUACUCCCAAACCAUUUUCUCCCCCCCUCUCUCUCUUUGGGUAAUCAUUAUGCUUUAUCUCUGUAUGGAAAUGUGCACCGCCAUUAGUAUUUCUAGAAAACAACAGAAACAUAGGCUAUAUAAGCUUUUUCAAACACAGGGCCAUCCCAAAUUAGUAAAUCCCAUUGUAUGUACUGUAAGAUUUCUAGAAAGGCAAGGGGGUCAUUUUUAGCUAUGGUAGGAUUUGCUGCUCCUGUGCAUACACACACACACACACACGCACACGCACACGCACACGCAUGCACGAGCGCGCGUGCGCUAUUUUGCUUGUUGCAUUGUUAGCCCAGCUGUACAUAUGAGCAAAGCACUGUGGACCAAUGUUUCUCAAUGGGGAUGCUGUUGGCAUUUGGAGCUGGACAAUUCUUUGUUUGUACAGAAAUGUCCCAUGCAUUGCAAGCUGCUUACUAUCCCAGGCCCCUGCUGACUAAAUGCCAGUAUUAUGCCCAGUAAAAAUCAAAUGUAAAAAGCCUUCUCCAUGUUCAAAUGCCUUCCUAGGAGGGCUGUUGUCCCUCCCUUGAGCCCCACUGUCUACUGCAUUUUAGGGCACACAGGAAACGUGUCUGUCUCAAAACAUGUCUCAGCUGCCUUGCAUUUCUUUGGGCCCCCGAAUCAUUUCAUCCCCCUUCAUUUUUCGAACCUUGUUCUUUGACACAGCUCUCGUUUGCCCGUUCUCCAGGGAGGUGGUUACUGGGCAGCUGUGGCAAUUCCAAUGGGCCUAUGCACUCAGGUAGUCCCCGGAUGUACUUAAAGGAGAAGUUUCACAAGGAGCAGAGUUUCUCAUUUUUUGAUCUCACAAUUUUACUUCAGAACUACACUGCUGCACGUAAUCCUUGUCAGUCUCGUGAGGAUCCAUGCAUAGUUUAACCACAUACAUGAUGGUUGACAGUCCACAUAAACAGAACCUGUGGUGUGUGAGCAUUAUCAUUGGUUUUCUACCUGGGAAGCUGCAACCUAUGAGUUCCAAUAAACCACCGGUUUAUCCUAUGAAAGAAACAUUUCAUCCACAUGCCCAUGUCUGAAUUCCCCCUGUACACAUGUAGUCAUGUAGCUCAGCUUUCCUAAAACCUGUAAAUAUUGAAUUGUGAAGGAAAUGGGGGGUAGGUGUGGAUUGCAUCUACAUUUGCUUCUAUGCUUCAAUGAUGAUCUUGCCCAAAACAGGGUGCGUGUAACCUAGGUGAAACAUUAUUACACUAUACUACCAACACCUAAAUAUACUUAUUCUCUUUGUUGCUUUUUAUGACUGAACCAGAAUAUUAAGUAUGUCUUGAAAUGAUUUGGAUGAACUGUGGCUAAUAGAAUGGAAUUCAUUUAACCACUGUAAUUUUUUAAAAUACUCAAAUUUCUAAAACAUCUUUUUUGAGAAAGAGCAACUCGGAGUCAAUAAAGGUGGUAAUAUUAUGGACUUUUAGAUGGUGCUUAAGAAUUCUUAUCUUGUUCAAUAUCAGUAUUUCUUUUUUUAUUUUUUAAAGAAUAAAUUGAAGGGAGUAAAUGAGGCAGAAUGCCACUUCACCCUCAGGUCAAUUUUAUGGUAUAUUAAAAUGCCAAUAACAUUUGUGCCACUUACCGAUGUGGGGGAGAGGCUUACUUUUCCCUUCCUGGAUGCUUUUGUUAUAGUUUGACUGCACCAUUAUGUUGCUUAGAGAGCCUCCACAAGGAGAAGCCGCCAUUGCAAUGCUAACAAGGGUUCGAAAAUAAUCUGCACGAAUUGGGUCAAACCACUUUCAUUACUUAAAAUAUAGGCACUGAUAUUUUUAUAUAUUUUUAAAUAUUUCUUCUGUGGCUUAGAAAUGUGCCAAUGUGUUCACAACAUUCUGAACCGACUUCACCAGAUAUAGUAACCUACCUACAUAUAUUUUUUUUUUGUCUAUAAACAGUCAUUUUAAAAUAAAGAACUAUAUUUGGUCUGUGGUAUUUCAAGCUUUGGUUAAAAUGAUGAGGGUGGUAAACUGUGACCACUAACAGACUGACUGACGGGCUGAUUCCUGAUUUCCAGUGAGUGGGCUGACCCUAUAUAUUGCACAGGUGUACUCGCUGUGAGUGUAAAUAACUGGAACUGUACACCGAUGAAUAGGACAGUUUCUCUUUUCUGUUGCUGUUGUUCUUGACCUGUACUGUAUUAUAGAAUGUGGGUAUAAAUAGCUCUGAGUAUACACACAUAUGUAUAUGUAUCCCACUAUCGUAACCUGAAAGAAAGACUAUGUAUUAUCUUUUUUUAUUCUGUACUGGUGUUUGUGUUAUUUAAAAAGCAAAUUUAUGCUCUAUUUAGUUUGUAUUAUAUUAUAGGAUACCUUGCUGUGCACAAUUCCAAGUGCCUUAGAACAUUGUUUAGCUUUCUUAAGUAUAUAAAAAUGCAUAUAUGUAUAAAAUUGGGAAAAGUUACCUCAAUAAAAUCAUUGGGAAAUCCCCAGCUUUA